CGGAUUCCUAACAAACGACGGCGUCGUUUCUCUUCUCCUUCUCCUUCUCCGUCUCUAAAAGCAUGACCUGCUCUUCUCCUUCUUAUAUAUACUUCCUCUCCUUGAACCUCCUGCAUUCACAUCGUCUGAGAAAAUAAGAGCCCUUGGUUUUUCGCUUUCUUGUUGGGAUACACAGAGCAAAAGAUAGAGCGAAGCGAUGGGGCUGAUAUUGGAAGAGCAAGAGAACGACAUCGUGUUGGUCCCGCCCUCAAAUUUCUCAAUGGUGGAGGACGGCAUUUUCAGAUCCGGCUUUCCUCAACCCUGCAAUUUCGCCUUCCUCGAUACCCUAAAUCUCCGAUCCAUCAUAUAUUUGUGUCCCGAGCCCUACGUGGAAGAGAACUUGGGGUUUCUCCGGUCUCGGAAUGUUCGUCUCUUUCAGUUCGGAAUUGAGGGGAAGGCGGAUCCUUCUGCAUCUAUUCCCAAGGCGACCAUCAUGGAGGCCCUGAAAGUCUUAAUUGAUGUGAGAAACCAUCCAGUUUUGAUCCAUUGUAAGAGUGGGAAGCAUCGGACAGGUUGUCUUGUUGGUUGCCUGAGAAAAUUUCAGAAUUGGUGUUUGUCUUCUGUGGUUGAGGAGUACCAACAUUUUGCUGGCGCAAAAUCUAGGAAAACAGAUUUGAGAUUUAUAGAGACAUUUGACGAAAUGUACCUGAGGCAGUGUCUUUACAGCAUUAUAUACCAGUAUCAAGGAUAUGGUUCAAACAAGAGGCGGUUGCUGUACAGUGAAGAGAAUUUACAAAACCCCCAAAUUACGUUAGUUUAGCAGGGCUUGAAGGAGCGUUUUCUUUCCUUUUUUUUCUUUUUUUUUUUUUUUUUUGCUGAGGUGCUUUUAGUCACACACCUUUGUUGCAUAGACUUGUCGUUGGGAAUCAUCCUGGUUUUAGUUUUAAAAUUUAAGCAUCUACUGUGGGCUUCCAUUUUUAUACAUAUAUACGGAAAGCGGUGAUGCAAACACCAGUUUUUUCA